AUGGCAAAGGUUAUUCCAAGAGAACGUCUCAGCUUUGUGAAGCAACAUGGUCUAGGCUUAAGUCCUGCAUGCCUGGCUGCACUCAGUUCAGUAUCUAAUGCCCCCGCGGAGGAUACUAAACUCACAUUUACGGGCAUAGUCAGACUUAUUCCUGAUUUAUCAACCAGAUGCAAAAUCCUGUGGGAAAAACAACAGGAAAUGACUUUAGCUGACAUGUGUAUCGAACCUGGUAAACCAUGGGAAUACUGUCCAAGAGAAGUAUUUCGGAAAGUUGUUAAAAUUCUAAAAGAUGAAUUCGACUUGGUUGUGAAUGUAGGCUUUGAAAUUGAAUUUUACCUUUUGAAGAGUGUAAUAAGGUAUGUUAUUUUUAAGUUGCAGUUUCUAAUCUUUACAAAAUGUUGCACUAAAUUUGCAUCGUCUAUAUUUGAAGAUAUCAUCACUUAUCUCGAAACACUGAAUAUUACAGUUGAACAGGUACACGCGGAAACUGGGAAAGGUCAGUAUGAAGUUGUCCUGGGAUAUACAGAGGCUAGUACAGCGAUUAUCAGCUUAAUUUAUGCACGUGAAGUGAUCAAGUCAGUUGCAAGGCAACACGGAAUGAUGGCAACUUUUGUUCCAAAGUAUGCAGAAGAUGAAGAUGGCUCCGGAUCACAUGUCCACAUCAGUUUGUCUAGAAACGGAGAAAAUGUAUUUAUGGCAUCGGGCGAUUCAAAAUAUGGGAUGUCCAAGAUUGGGGAAUCAUUCAUGGCUGGGGUGUUUAAUCAUCUUCCUGCCAUAUUAGCUUUUACUGCAACACAUCCUCUUAGUUAUGAGCGUAUGCUACCUAAGACGCGAAAUGCAGCUUACGUUUGCUGGGGAAAAGAAAAUACAGAGGCACGAUUGAGAACUGCUAGCCCUCCUGGGAUAGCAGAUGGUCUUGUAAAUCAUUUUGAAAUCAAGGCAUUUGAUGCGUGCGCAAACCCAUACCUCAGUCUUGCUGCAAUAAUUCUUUCUGGUGUUGAUGGGCUGCGAAAAGAUUUAAGCCUUCCAAAACCAGUUGAAGGGGAUUCGGAUGUCGCUGGAGAGAAACCACGAAGUGUACCAGAUUCUAUUUCUCUUUAG